UUAAUCUUAGGGACUGCAGGGCAAGUAUUGAGGUGAUGACUGGCUUUUGCUGGGCUCUAUACGUGACAGCUAGGCGAAUUGAGAUGUACCCACAGUGAAGCUCUCAGAAGGAACAGCUGGAUCGUGGGCCAAUGGAGAGAAUCGGGACCAGAUGCCAAGGAUCCAGCAGAGGACUUUCUGGGGACAGUGGAAUUGCCAGAAGUUACCAGAAGAUGUGAAGAAUGGAGCUCUGGCUGCCAUCUUGGAUCAUGAGGAUGAAGAAGGUGGAGGAGAGAGCUUAAAAAAACUUGGAUUCUUGACAACCUUGUGGUACCACCCCAGGACCCCUGGAUUUCUUGCCUCUGGACUUCAUUUAUGUAUGAGGUGGCGACCUGAAUUUUCUGGGAAGACAUCCAGAGCCACUGGGAGCUGUGAGAGGGCCACUCUCACUGGCUCAAAAUGAGCUGGCCAGUUGAAACCGCUGUGUCCGCUGCUGGCUUCGGGCUCUGCUCUCUCUUAGUUGCAUUUUGGGCCAAAGCUCCCUGUGGGAGGCUGAAUCAGCAAAUUGCCUUCUCCAGUGUCCUGGAGGUAGCUAACGGUUUAAGCCCUGUGUUUAGUUGAAACAACGUUGGAGCCCUUUCACAUUUCUUGGGUUCAAGAACAAGGCUACACAAUAACAUGAUGCCAUGGCUAAGAGGACGGGUACUCUGGGUGCUGAGGAAUGCCCGGGGAUUCUGUGGGCCUCGUGGGCAACAAGCACCUCUACCAGACCCUCAGAAGCUUGUGGCCACCUGGGAAGCCAUCAGCCUGGGGAGGCAGCCAGUGCCUGAGUACUUCAACUUUGCCCAUGAUGUGCUGGACAUGUGGAGUCAGCUGGAAAAGGCUGGGCACCGGCCCCAGAUCCCUGCAUUCUGGUGGGUCAAUGGCAUGGGAGCAGAGAUCAAAUGGAGCUUUGAGGAGCUGGGGAAGCAAUCCAGGAAGGCAGCUAAUGUGCUCCAAGGCAUGUGUGGCCUUCAGCCUGGGGACAGGAUGAUGCUGGUGCUCCCACGGCUCCCAGAGUGGUGGCUGGUCAGUGUGGCAUGUAUACGGACAGGGGCUGUUAUGAUUCCGGGUGUCUCUCAGCUGACGGAGAAGGACCUCAAAUAUCGGCUGCAGGCAUCCAGAGCCAAGUCCAUUAUCACUAGUGACUCUCUGGCUCCGCGGGUGGAUGCCAUUAGUGCUGACUGUCCCUCCCUCCAGUCCAAGCUACUGGUGUCCAACAGCAGUCGGCCAGGCUGGAUGAACUUCAGGGAACUCCUUCGUGAGGCAUCAACAGAGCACAACUGUGUGAGGACAAAGAGUCAAAACCCUAUGGCUAUCUACUUUACAAGUGGCACUACUGGAGCUCCCAAGAUGGUCGAGCACUCCCAGGCUAGCUAUGGACUGGGUUUUGUGGCCAGUGGAAGGCAGUGGGUGGAUUUGACCAUAUCGGACAUCUUCUGGAACACAUCUGACACUGGCUGGGUAAAGGCAGCUUGGACCCUCUUCUCUGCCUGGUCUAAUGGAUCUUGUAUUUUUGUACAUGAGCUGCCCCGAGUUGAUGUCAAGGUUAUUCUGAAUACUCUCUCCAGGUUCCCGAUUACCACCUUCUGUUGUGUUCCUACCAUCUUCCGGCUGCUGGUACAAGAGGAUCUGACCAGGUACCAAUUUCAGAGCCUGAGACACUGUGUGACAGGAGGAGAGGCACUGAAUCCUGAUGUGAGAGAGAAGUGGAAGAGCCAGGUGGGCCUGGAGCUGCAUGAAGGCUAUGGCCAGUCUGAAACAGUUUUAAUCUGUGCCAAUCUAAAAGGCAUGAAAAUCAAGGCUGGAUCCAUGGGGAAAGCAUUCCCACCUUAUGAUGUGCAGGUCGUGGAUGAUGAGGGCAACAUCCUGCCUCCAGGAGAACAAGGGAAUAUUGCUGUCCGAGUCAAGCCCACCCAGCCCUUCUGUUUCUUCAGUUGCUAUUUGGACAAUCCUGAGAAGACAAAGGCAUCAGAACGAGGGGACUUUUACAUCACAGGAGACCAAGCCUACAAGGACAAAGAUGGCUACUUUUGGUUCACAGGAAGAAAUGACGAUGUGAUCAAUUCUUCAAGCUACCGGAUUGGGCCUGUUGAAGUGGAAAAUGCCCUUGCUGAACACCCUGCUGUCCUGGAAGCUGCUGUGGUCAGCAGCCCAGACCCCAUCAGAGGGGAGGUGGUAAAGGCAUUUAUAGUCCUUUCUCCAGCUUACUCCUCUCAAGAUCCUAAGAAACUAACUCAGGAGCUCCAGGAGCACGUGAAAAUGGAGACAGCUCCAUACAAAUACCCCAGGAAGAUGGCCUUUGUUUCAGAACUGCCCAAGACAACUUCUGGAAAGAUCCAAAGGAAUAUAUUGAGAAGACAAGAGUGGGGGGAGAUGAGAGGCACCCCCCGAAAAGCCCCAUAAGCCUCUGAAGCUUCUAAGAGGAACUGGUCGGAUCACUGGUUAGUCCUUGUUUGGUGCAUCAUCCUUUCAACCCUUCAGACAUCAAAAGGCUUUCAGUUCCAAAUGGGCAUCUCCAGAAUCAUUGGAGGACCCCAGAAGAGAGCAGAAGAAUGUCACUAACCCAGAGUGCACAGUCCUUGCCAGUCUAGCAUAUGUUUGAUGGCUUGACUUCCCCCUCCCCUGUCUGAAGGCAUCUUCAGCAACUGCCCACUGCACUGGUCUUACUCCAGCUGGCAUCCUGAAGGUCAGGUCACCAUAACGUCAGUACAUGAUUUCAUUCACUGUGUUCUUAUUCACUGCCAGUGGGGGUGUAACCUCUUGACCCUUUUGAUAAAGCCAUUUGGUAAUUAUAUCCAGGGCCAUGAAAAAUUGGUUCUACCUUUUAGCUCAGAAAUUCCAUCUUUGGCAAUCACUACAAAAAAUGAAUUCAAGGAUAUUUACUGGAGCAUUAUUUAAAACUGUAAAAAAGGUGGGGGGGACCAAUGUCCAUAGGACAGUGAUUAACUAAAUUGUAGUAAAUUAACUUAGUAACAUAUUAUGUGACAUUUAAAAAUAUGUCUUGGGGCACCCUGGGUGGAUCAGGAGUUUGUGCUGCCUUCAGCCCAGGGUGUGAUCCUGGAGACCCGGGAUUGAGUCCCACGUCAGGUUCCCUGCAUGGAGCCUGCUUCUCCCUCUGCCUGUGUCUCUGCCUCCCCCCCACCUCUCUCUGUGUCUCUCAAAAACAAAUAAAUAAAAUCUUUAAAA